AUGCAAAGGUAUCAGGCUGCAAACUGCACUAGUGCAGUCAACAAUAGCGCUAUAGGUGGUGCAUCCGCUAGGGACUCAGGAAGAGCUGAUUCCUCCUCUUCCAUUGGAAACUACUCGUUAAACUCCAGGAGGCCACCCCCACCCUCAGGUCCCCCAGUACCAUUGAUUCCCUACAGGUUGAAGUGUGAAAAGGACGGUCUGAAUUCCCGACUAGGACCGCCUGAUUUUCAUCCCCCAACAUCAAGUUCUCCCGAAGAGAAUCUGACCAAAGAGUAUGUUCAAUUUGGAUACAAGGAAACUGUUGAUGGCCUUAAGGAAGCCGAAGAGAUUAUAUUGUCCCAAGUCUCUACUUUUUCGAAGCCUGUCGUCUUAAAGUGCAAAGAGGCUGUCAGAAAGUGUCUUAGAGCUAUCAAUGAGUCUCGUGCACUGAAGCGCAAGGCUGGUCAGGUCUAUGGGGUGCCUCUCUCUGGUUCGCUUCUAUGUAAACCUGGAUUCCCAGAACAAAGACAAUAUGGGGAGGAGACGAGGAAGAAAUGGAUCGAGAGUUUGUCACAACGGCACAAACGAUUGCGCUCUUUGGUUGAUAACGUUCCUGUAUAUAGGAAAAAACCUUUAUUUGAAGUCCUUAUAAGAAACAAUGUCCCAUUACUGAGAUCUACUUGGUAUACAAAAGUAUAUUAUCUUAAUCAGGUGCGACCUAGUUCUGCGGCUAUUUCUUCAGGAACACCUGACAAGACACUAGGUUCUCGGUGUGAGCAAUGGACAAAAGAAAUUAUUGAUUAUUUGCAAAACCUUUUGGAUGAAUUUUUGUCACGGAAUAGUUCAUAUCCUGCUCAGCAAACUAGAGAUAGGUCGCCGCAGAUGCUUUAUGCCGGAUCAAUGCAAAAGAUUAGUCCAGGAUCAGCUACUCUCUACGGUGAGGAACCAUCUCUGCAUUAUAAAUGGUGGUACAUGGUGCGUCUUGUACAGUGGCACCAUGCUGAAGGGCUUCUUUUACCUAAUCUCAUUGUUGAUUGGGUUCUCAGGCUCUUACAGGAAAAGGAGGUCUUUGAAAUAUUGCAGUUGCUACUCCCCAUUGUAUAUGGUGUUUUAGAGAGUAUUGUUCUCUCUCAGACAUAUGUGAAGAGUCUUGUAGCUAUUGCUGUCCGUUUUAUCCAGGAACCUGCUCCUGGUGGAUCCGAUCUUGUUGAUAACUCUCGAAGAGCUUAUACUCUCUCUGCUUUAACUGAGAUGGUUCGCUACUUGGUACUUGCUGCACCCGACACAUUUGUUGCUUCGGAUUGCUUCCCUCUACCUCCUUCCAUAGCAGCGUGUGGACCCAAUGACGUUAGCUAUGCAUCAAAGGCAUAUGAGAAUCAGGAAAAGCGGAGAGAUAGUUCUGCAGAGAUUUCUACCCAGUUUCAAGGGAGAGGAGUUGAUUCCCGGUUUGAGUUCCUUUCUUUUGAUUAUACCAUUUCAACCAUUCAAAGAAGUGCAGAUGACUUGGCAAAGAUAGCUAGCGCUGGUUCUCCUCAACAUAACGUGGCUAAAGCUGUUCAGGCCUUGGACAAAGCUUUGUCGGAUGGAGAUAUCAGAGCUGCUUACUGUUAUCUCUUUGAAGACCUUUGCAAUGGAGUUGUUGAUGAAACCUGGAUUGCUGAAGUCAGCCCAUGCUUAAGAUCAUCCCUUAGAUGGAUUGGGGCUAUUAGCACAUCCUUUGUUUGCUCCGUUUUUUUCCUUAUCGAAUGGGCGACAUGUGAUUUUAGAGAUUUCCGGGCUGGUGUGCCUAAAGACAUCAAGUUCUCUGGCAGAAAAGAUUGUUCUCAGGUGUAUUUAGUUAUUCAGCUGCUGAAGCAAAAAAUUCUGGGUGGAGAAUUCACAGGUCGCAGAGGAAAGAACCGUCGCAGCACUUUUCCUGGUGUUUCUAAACCUAGCAGUUCGAUGGAUGCAUUUGAAAGUCCGGGCCCAUUACAUGAUAUCAUUGUCUGUUGGAUUGAUCAGCAUGAGGUACACAGGGGAGGAGCAAAGCGCUUGCAGUUACUCAUUUUUGAGCUUAUACGUUCUGGACUCUUUAACCCCAUAGCAUAUGUGAGACAACUCAUAGUUAGUGGGAUGAUUGAUGUGAUUCAACCUGCUGUUGAUCCUGAAAGGAGAAUGAGGCAUCAUCGUAUAUUGAAACAGCUACCUGGUAGUUUUGUGCAUGACGCUUUAGAGGAGGCACAGCUCUUAGGAGGGGAUAAGCUUUCUGAGGCUGUGAGAACUUAUUCAAAUGAACGGCGCCUUCUUCUUCGAGAGUUGCUUGUUGGUAAAGGUAAAUAUUUGAAUAAUUUAGUUCUGACAGAUCAGAAGCCAAAGAAAACUUCCACUGCUCUUCCGUCAGUUGAUUUUUCAAGGACGUUUAAUGCCAUGACCGAUAAUGACGGGCUUCAAAAACAUACCAAGAGCAGUGCGGAUAUUAGUGAACUAAAGGAGCGCAUAUCAGCUCUGCUGCAGUUUCCAAGUAUGUCAUGUGGUGUGACAAAUCCAAUGCGAGAUGAAUCUCAAAGUAGUGUUAAGAGAUCAAGUGGAUCUGUACAUAGCAAGAUGAAUCAACUAGAAGCUACACCAGGGUGUGAAGACUGUAGAAGAGCAAAAAGACCAAAAACGAAUGAUGAAAAGAGCUCUUGGUAUCAAGGGAAUUCACCAUUUGGAUCAGAUGAAGAAGAUAACUGGUGGAGCAAGAAGGGAUCAAAAAUUCUGGAGCCUUCUCUGAAGGUUGAUCCUCCGAUAGAGUUAACAAAACAAGUACCACGUGGUAGGCAGAAGAUGGCGCGUAAAACACAGUCGCUGGCUCAAUUACAAGCUGCUAGGAUAGAAGGUAGUCAGGGCGCUUCAACAAGUCAUGUUUGUGAUAAUAAAGUUAGCUGUCCUCAUCAUGUCCCUGGAGUGGAAGGAGAAAACCAUAAGGUGGUUGAUGUGUUUAGAACUUCAACCCCUGUGGAUAUUGUAUCUAUUGGAAACUCUUUGAAGCAGCUGCAGUUUGUUGAUAAGCGGUCUAUUGCAGUUUGGCUUACAACUGUGGUUCGGCAACUUGUUGAAGAGUCCGAAAAGAGCAGUGUGAGAGUUGGGCAGUUCAACAGAGGUGCUCCAGUUGAAGAGAAGAGCACAACUAGGUGGAAGCUUGGGGCAGACGAGCUAUCUUCUAUAUUAUUUCUCAUGGAUCUCUCUCUUGACUUGGUUUCGGUGGUUAAAUUUCUUCUUUGGUUAUUGCCAAAGGCCAACAGUAGCCCAAGUUUUGCCGUUCAAGGUGGGAGAAACCUUCUGAUCGUGCCAAGAAAAGUCGAAAACAGCUUGUGUGAAGUAGGGGAGGCUAUACUAGUAUCAUCACUUAGGAGGUAUGAAAACAUUCUACUUUCAGCAGAUCUUGUUCCUGAGGCCAUGACAGCUCUGAUGGCCCGUGCUCAAUCACUUAUGUCCAGUAAUGGGAAAAUUUCUGGAUCAGCAGCCUUGGUUUAUGCUCGCUAUAUUUUGAAAAGAUAUGGAAGUCUUCCCGGUGUGGUGGAAUGGCAUAACAAUUUCAAAGCAACAGGCGAAAAGAGGCUUCUCUCUGAACUUGAUCAUACGCGUUCAGGAAACAGUGAGUAUGGAAUCCCUCUUGGGGUUCCGGCAGGAGUAGAUAAUCCUGAUGACUAUCUACGUAAAAAGAUCAGCAUCAGUGGUACACGUCCUUCAAGAGUGGGUUUGAAUAUGCGAGAGGUUGUGCAGCGAUAUGUUGAAGAGGCGACUCAUUAUCUCAGAAAACUCAUUGGUACUGGGACUAUGAAAGCCUCACUUGCUGAGAAAAAUGAUGACGGAUAUCAGGUGGCUCAACAAAUAGUAGUUGGACUAAUGGACUGCAUUAGACAGACUGGCGGUGCAGCACAAGAAGGUGAUCCCUCUUUGGUUUCUUCUGCGGUUUCUGCGAUCAUAAACAGUGUAGGCGUUUCCAUGGCAAGGAUUUCAGAUUUCUCAGUGGGAAAUGUUUAUCAGAAUCAUCCAUCUGGUGUAGAUUCGUCUAAUAUUGCACGGUAUAUUUUACAAAUCCAUAUAACCUGCCUGUGCCUCUUAAAGGAAGCUCUUGGAGAGCGUCAAAGCCGAGUGUUUGAAAUAGCGCUUGCAACAGAAAGUUCCACUGCUCUUGCUGGAGCUUUUACCCCUGGGAAGGGAUCCCGGGCUCAGCAUCAGCUAUCUCCUGAAUCCUAUGAUUCCAAUGCUAACAACACGACAAAUGAUAUCCCCAACGGUACUGGCAAAAUUGCGCUGAGCAGAGCAACAAAAGUUACUGCAUCUGUAUCUGCACUUGUUAUAGGUGCUAUCACACAUGGCGUCAUAACCCUUGAGAGGAUUGUUGGUCUGCUGAGACUGAGGGAGCACUUAGAUUUUGUUCAGUUUGUAAGGCGUACAAAAUUGAGCUCUAAUGGCAGUGCUAGGUCCGUGGGGGCCUCUAAAGUGGAAAACCCUAUUGAAGUUUAUGUACAUUGGUUCAGGCUCCUUGUUGGUAACUGCAAAACUGUUUCGGAAGGGCUGGUUUUGGAGCUUGUGGGAGAACCUUCAGUGGUGGCUAUAUCGCGUAUGCAGCGGAUGCUUCCAUUAAAGUUGGUCUUCCCACCAGCGUAUUCAGUUAUUGCUUUUGUUCUAUGGAGGCCUUUUGUAUCGAAUGGUAACUCUAACUCCAGCGUCCACGAAGACGCACACCGCCUUUAUCAGUCUUUGACGAUGGCCUUCCAUGAUGUGAUUAAGCACCUUCCCUUCCGAGACGUGUGCUUGAGAGACACCCAGGGACUUUAUGAACUGAUAGUUGCUGAUUCCACAGAUGCUGAGUUUGCAUCAGUACUUGAGUCGAAUGGUUUGGAUAUGCAGCUGAAAUCUGUGGCCUUUGCUCCUCUUCGUGCACGUCUUUUCCUAAAUUCCAUAAUUGAUUGUAAGGUGCCAUCCUCUGGUUAUUCCCACGAAGGAGUUAGUGAAGCUAAAAACCGACACCAAGGAAAUGGAACAAAGCUUGUGGACAAACUCGUAUCUGUAUUAGAUUGCCUGCAACCUGCAAAGUUUCACUGGCAGUGGGUUGAACUCAGGCUGCUUCUAAACGAGCAAGCACUAACUGAGAAACUCGACAAUCAUGAUAUGCCUUUGACAGAUGCAAUACGAUCUUCCUGUCCUACCUCUGAGAAGCCUGAGGCCUCUGAGAAUGAGAAAAAUUUCAUUCAAAUCCUCCUCACAAGGUUAUUGGUUAGGCCUGAUGCGGUCCCACUUUUCUCGGAAGUGGUUCAUCUCUUCGGUAGGUCGGUUGAGGAGUCAAUGUUAAAGCAAGCCGAAUGGUUUCUAGCAGGUCAAGAUGUUCUCUUUGGACGAAAAACAAUCAGACAAAAACUGAUUAUAGUAGGUGAGAGCAAAGGAUUUCCCACGAAACCUCAGUUUUGGAAACCUUGGGGUUGGUGCAACAGCUCUAGUCCUGAUCCUAUCACGGCAAACAAGGCAGGGAAGAAAAGGAAGUUGGAGAUUGUUUCUAUGGAAGAAGGGGAAGUGAUCGAAGAAGGGUCAGGUUCAAAAAAGGUAUUAUUACCGCGGGCAUUAGAUAACAAUAGUCCCAGUGUUGGCUAUGGGAUUACAACUGAGAGGGCUUUUGUUCAGCUAGUGCUUCCCUGCAUAGAUCAAAGCUCUGAUGAAUCUCGAAGUACCUUUGUGAAUGAGUUGGUAAGACAGUUUAGCAAUAUUGAGCAGCAGUUAAGUUCAGUUACCAGCCGCAGUAUAACGAACAGCAAGAUCGUGGGAACUGCUUCUUCUGGCUCUGAGGUUUCAUCAACUAAAGGAAGCACCCGCAAAGGCCUUCGUGGUGGUAGCCCUAGCAUGGCAAGAAGAUCCUCAACUAAUACUACUGACACUGCACCGCCGCCUUCCCCUGCUGCUUUGAGAGCUUCAAUGUCUUUACGGUUGCAAUUUCUUCUAAGAUUACUGCCUGUCAUCUGCGGGGAACCUUCAUUUAGGAACACGAGGCAUGCACUUGCGUCUACAAUAGUUCGUCUGCUUGGAAGCCGAGUAGUUUAUGAGGAUUCUGCUGUAUGCUCUCCUCGUAGUGACCUAUCAAAAGCAGAGACAGAAUCAACAAUAGAUCCUUCUUCCAUGGCAGAUCUUUCUAGUGAGGUCUUAUUUGACCGGCUACUGUAUGUACUCCAUGGGCUGUUAAGCAAUCACCAGCCAAAUUGGCUAAAGCCAAGGUCUUCCUCUAACGAAUCAUCCAAAGACUUUACCUUGUUUGAUCGCGAUGCAGCAGAGAGCUUACAGAAUGAGAUUGCGAGGAUGCAGUUACCAGACACCAUUAGAUGGCGGAUCCAAGCAGCGAUGCCGAUCCUCCUUCCUUCUCUACGGUGUUCUCUCUCGUGUCAGCCACAAACUGUUCCGCUAACUGCACUGACACUGGUUCAACCCUCGGGUUCUGCUGCUGCUGGACCACCCAAUCAAAGAAACUCCCCUGUCUUGCCAAAAACCGGAACUGCAGCAGCGCAAGGGAAGCUGAAGCAGACAGCGUUGUCACCACAUCAACAACAAGAAGCAGACAACACGGAUGUGGUUGACCCAUGGACGAUUCUAGAAGACGGGACAAGCUCAGCUCCAUCAAGCAGCAACGCUUCUAACAGCAGCGACAUGGGUAAUCUUAGAGCCACCUGUUGGCUAAAAGGUGCAGUGAGGGUCAGACGGACUGAUCUGACUUACGUUGGUUCAGUGGACGACGACAGCUGA